GCAUGUGACCCUGGAGCACAAAACCAAUCAUAAGGGUCGAUUUUUUAAAAUUGAGAUUUAUACAUCAUCUGAAAGCUGAAUAAAUAAUCUAAACAUAUACAUACAUAAACAUAACAUUGAUGUAGUGUUGAACUUAAUGAACUGAAAGUGCUUGAAAUUGCUUAAUGCAAUCCAGAGAAAAAGGUAGCACGAAAUUAAUGCAUUAAAAAAGCAAUUAGUUACUUUUUAGGGAGUAGUGCAUUAUCGUAAUGCAUAAAGUAGUGCUAUUCUUCACACGUGUUCACUCUCAUAUCGCCUCCUGCUGGACAUCAAGCUACUUUUCUGUUCGUUUUUAAAUGAAUACUUUUUAUUCAUACGCAUCUUUUUCGUGACGUGUUGAGUUAAACCUUUAAGAAAAAAAACAAAUCAAAUAAAAUAAGACUUUAAACCACGCAAAUUAUUUCAACUAAGACUUUUAAUUUGUAAGUAACAGCCGCUCCAUAAGGAGCUUCCGCGCGCGUCGCUCAGUUGAUGACGCUUCUUCCGUAGUUUCCUGCGCGAUUUCUCCCUCCGCUCUCGUCUUCGCACACGUCUGAUCAUGUUGGGCAACAUAAUCGGACAGAAAUACGUAUCAAUCGCCAAAUCGUGUUACAGUAGAAGAGCUCUGAGUGGAUGCAGCGCAGGUUUGCUGAAGAGUGUGGUGCUCGCCGUCUGGGGUGGAGCUGGAGGCCUUGCUCUCGUUCACUUCACAGACUGGAGGCUCAUCUUGGACUUCGUUCCCUACAUCAACGGAAAGUUCAAGACGGAAGAUUAGAUGAAGACGCUGAUGUCUUUAUUUGCUGUCGGUCCGUCUUGCUCUAGAUGGACUGAAGAUGGAGAUGAUCACUGAUGGAGAUGAAGACCGCCGCUCAUGAACAGUGUGAUAUUUAUUUUUCAGAGUGUCCAAUCCCUUUUUUCCCUCAUGAAAAGUCUCACAAAUCAACAUCUAACGAUUAUAAAGAUGUAAAGCCGGGAUGUUUUCUGUGUUUCUAUGCAGAGCUUCGUCGGUUCUUUCCACUGAAUCCUCCUGGAAUAAAUACACUGUAACUCUGUUAUUGAGAACCUCAUCGUGGACCUGAACUCUGCUUUUUGUGAUGUCCGUGUCAUCCGCGGGUCACUGCUGAUGCUUGUUAAUAAAUCAAAGAAAAGGAA